UGGCAGGUUGGUGGCGACGUCCCCGAGACAAAUUAUCUUUUCAUGGGAGACUUUGUGGACAGAGGCUUCUACAGUGUUGAGACUUUCCUCCUUCUGCUAGCUCUUAAGGUGCGUUACCCAGACAGGAUAACCUUGAUUCGGGGGAACCACGAGUCCCGUCAGAUCACCCAGGUGUACGGCUUCUAUGAUGAGUGCCUCCGCAAGUACGGCUCCGUCACCGUCUGGAGAUACUGCACAGAGAUAUUCGACUACCUGUCCCUCUCCGCUAUUAUCGAUGGCAAGAUCUUCUGUGUGCACGGGGGCUUGUCUCCCUCCAUCCAGACACUGGACCAGAUCCGGACCAUUGACAGAAAACAGGAAGUUCCCCACGACGGGCCAAUGUGUGAUCUGCUGUGGUCGGACCCUGAAGACACCACAGGGUGGGGGGUGAGUCCCAGAGGUGCCGGCUAUUUGUUUGGCAGCGACGUGGUGGCCCAGUUCAACGCCGCCAACGACAUCCACAUGAUCUGUCGAGCGCACCAGCUGGUGAUGGAGGGCUACAAGUGGCACUUCAACGAGACGGUGCUCACCGUGUGGUCAGCACCCAACUACUGCUACAGGUAGGAAGUAAAACUUUAUACUAACGUC